GCCCCGCCCUCUGGCGGCCAUGGCGGCGCCGGCGCUGCCUGUGGCGGAGCCGCUGCCGGGGGACCCGGCCGAGCCCAACCCCUUCUCCUUCCGCGAGUUCGUCCGCUCCAAAUCCCGCGGCGGGGACGGCGCGGGCGCUGACACACAGGCGGCUUGGGCCGGGCCCGCCGUGCCCCCGCUGCCCGCCGUGCCCGCAGAGUCGGGGGACGAGCAGGAGGAUGAGGAGGAGGAAUGGAGCGAGAGCUACCGGCCGCUGGCUGUGGAGCAGGCCCACCUGGGCAGCGCCGGAGCCGCCCCGGGGCCGGGCCGGGUCCCCGCCCCGCAGCCGAGCUACGAGCAGCUAAAAGAAGAGAAUGCUAUCUUGAGAAGCAAGAUCAAUAAGCUUCAGAUUCUGUCUGAAACUCAGGCAGACAAGAUGAGGAAGCUUGAGAAGAAGCUUGAGGAAAACAAAAUCAAAGAAGAAAAAGAAGCACAGGAUUUGGAAGCAAUGGUGCAGCACGUGGAGCAGAAUCUCCAGCUGAUGACUAAAAGGGCUGCCAAGGCUGAGAACAGUGCUGCCAAACUGAGGCAGGAGAAUGCACAGCUGCAGGCGGAGCUGAGGAGUUCCAGGCUGGAGAAGGAGGAGCUGCGGGCGGGCCAGGCGGGAUUGGCCGCGGCCAGGCGGAACGCGGAGGCGGCGCUGCAGCACUUGCUGCAGGUCACAGCCAGCUCCCGGGCAUCCAUCAGGCAGCUGCUCUCUGGAGCAGAAUCCCUGCAGCUCGUGGCUGAUCUCCUGAAAUCCAUAGACAGAAUCUCUGAGGUGUCAGAGGAUGGACACUGAGUGAUGCACACAGCACUUUGUUUUCAUAUGCAAACCAUUACUAAAAAGUGAAUUUUUGA